AUGUCUUUCAAAGGCUCCGAGGCCUGGCAGGCUGAGAACAGAGGCCCGGGCAUCGUCUCAGCUUGCUGGACCAUGGCGGGCCUAGCGACAGCUUUCGUGUCUGCCCGGAUAUGGUGCAGACACAAGGUGGGGAGAAAAGUCUACAGCGACGACUAUUAUUGCAUCUUGUCCUUGAUAUGCGCGAUCGCUUCAUGCGUAGCUACUACUAUUGCUGUAAGCUACGGGUACGGCAAACAUAUGGAGGUCCUCACACACGAGCAACAAAAAGGUGCCAUCAUGUGGGCACACAUCGGCUUUGCUCCAGGGAUCAUGUCCUUUGCCAUCCCCAAAAUGGCUGUUGUCGCUCUGUUGACACGUUUGAUGAACCCAGCCAGAUACCAUCUGUGGUUUCUUUGGGGAAUAACAGUGCUAUGUCUACUUACUCACAUCAUUGUCCCCGGCCUGCAUUUCGGACGCUGCGUGCCGGUCCAAGCGAUCUGGGACAACACCAUCUCAGCAAAAUGCUUUGACGCCAAUAUCACCGUGGACUAUUCCAUUUAUGGUGGAAUUUUGUCAGCUUUUGUGGACGUUUAUCUAGCCAUCUAUCCAACUGUUAUUCUCUUUGGCCUCCAAAUGUCGCUGAAGAAAAAGAUAUUCCUAUCUUGCGCUUUAAGCGUUGGCUCCAUGUAUGGCCGACUUCCUUAUCCGCUAUCCUCCCGGGGCAGUUCCGUGGUGUUGUUGAGGAUUUCCGUCGAUCAUACAAGACUGACUAGAGCUUGCAGAAUAGAAGGUAGCACGAUAAUCAUUGCAAGCACAAUCCCUGUCUUGCAACCGCUCCUCGAAGUCAUUUUGCGACGCAGCCCUUUCAGCACAGCCAGAAGCGCGUUAGAAGAGACACCGAAAUCCGACGAUAACUUCGUCCCGAAGAGAGAAUCAGACGUUGGCGGCAGAAUCGAGCUGGGGCAACGGAGACCAAAACCGAAACUCAGGGACAACCUCGGCCUCACCAUUAUGGAGGACGACAGCAAAGAAAACAUCCUUGUACAAGAGAACACAACUCCGGUUAUCAUGUCAGACAAGGAUGAGACUACUCAGCCUCAGCCGACGACUUGGGGAAUUACCAGAACUGACGUUGUGUGCGUUUCGUUCGAGGAUAGAUCCAAGCUUAGUGAGAAACCGGCAUCCGCCAAAUGGGACAUUGUUUGA